AUGUCACACGCAGAAGCGCAUGAAAAUACGAGGCGAGUGUCAAACAACCGUGUGCGCUCGUUUCGUUCGGUCGCAGCUCGCGCCAUGCCGCUGUGCGACAAGUGGGUCGCGCUCAAGACAGUCGAGUUCUUGUUCUGUGUGUCAUGCCUGGUCGCGAAGCGAGUCUCUACUGACGACGAGGCUCGUCUGGCGCUGUUGCUGCAGAAAUUGUCGAGGGAGUGGUCGCUGCUCACAUCUGUUACCUGGGAUUCCGUUGGCGGAGCCUUUGCUGAUGCUACAUAUGGAGGCUACGUAAUAAUAACCUUCGCACUGAUAUUGGGGCGCGUUUUUCAAGAAAUACCACGAGGACGGCGCAUUUUGGAAGGCUUCUUCCUCGGAAUUGGAUUGCUUUUCUUCUUAAUUUUGGGUGGUCUAGAGUUAGCGUCACUAGACUCAGUACCAAGAAAUUUAGUAGUAAAUGCGUCCGUACUCGGGUCGCUGUCACUUGCGACCGCUAUUUUAUUUUUGAUAGAUCUCAUGGGCCCCAGAGUGUACACGGCCACGCGAACCUCACAGACGGACCCCUUUUCCUCGCCAAAAUCCGAGAAGAAGGUUUCGAUAAUCUCGGCACAGCCGAUGACCAACGGUCACGUAGCCAACGGAAAGCAAAACGGAUCCGUCGCGGCCGAGAGACCGAAAGACUUAGAUCUCAGUAAAGCUAAAGAAAAGGAUCAGAAAACAGACGUGACGAUACUCGACACGAUGGACGGUGGGGACACGAAAUUAAGCGAUCUGCCGAUAGAAAAAGAUCUCGAGAGAUCGAAGUUUGGGUCUCUUCGCAGCAACGUGGAAGCGGGAACCUACGUUCGGCUCUCGGACCCGCUGUCCGUGCCGGACCAGCUGCACUACGAGCGGGAACUGGCCCAGUUCAACGAAAAGUACCUGAGGGACUACCUCGACAACGUCGCGGGGCGCUUGCCCGUCAAGGAGGACUACUUGCCGGAGCCGCAGACGCCGGCGUUCGCCAAGGUGAGGGCGGGCCGCGCGCGGGCCGCGGACCACUCGCCCCGGAACAAGUCCCCGAGCCGCGCGCGCACCGUGCCGGCGCCCACCAUCCAGCAGCUGGAGGACUACCUGCGCAGCUCGGGCCGCUCGCGCCGCUCCGACACGCCCGUCGUGUUCCCCAUGGAGCCCAUCGAGGAGCGCGACCGCGAGGGCGACGCCGGGGGCACGCCCACCGACCCCGGCUACGUGCAGUACGCGGCGCGCCGCUGGCCCGACGACUCCCGCCGCGUGCGGACGCCGCGCCACAGCCCCACGCAGUGACACAGCUGUGUGGAGUCGCGAAACAGCUCCACGCGGGGACAGAGCGGUGUGGAGUCACGCCACAGCCACAUGCGGUGACAGAGCUGUGCGGAGUCACGCCACAGCCCCAUGCGGUGACAGAGCUGUGUGGAGUCGCGCUACAGCCCCAAGAAGACCGCAGUGACUAUGUGGACUGAGCGGCGAGUGUGAGUGCUAGUGGACGAGCUGAUGAGUGUGUUACGUCUCGUUUAAUACGUGUUGCGAUUAGUCGUCGACCAGUUUUUAUAGCGCUGCCAUAGUCUGGUGUCACUUUUUGCCGUGUGAGUGACGAUAUCGAAGACUAUUUUUACAGUACUCUUUUGUAUAAAACUGAAAGACACCGUGUGCUCGAUCUUAACAAAUAAUUUUGUAUUUCGAUUCCACGUUAUAGGUGAACGUGAGAUAAUUUCGACUGAGAAUUUUGUAGUACGAAAACAGUGUAAUUUGAGCAUCGGUCGUCAGCUUGUUUUUGUGUUUGUAUGAUUCAUUUAAUCUAAGUAUUAUUAGAUUCCAUUGUAAUUAAUUCCCAUGAAUGCGAUAUAGCUUGUAUUUUUUUUUUCAUAAUAAAUUAUUUCAUUUACGUA